AUGCAGUCCCUCGAACCGAAGAUCGGUCAUCGUUUGAGUAUCGACGACCUCGAUUAUUGGCGUACAGAGGCCCAAUGCUACAUGUCUUUGCUAGGGGAUCUUGCAGAUCUCGAGCGUCAAAAUAUUGAUGAAUGGACGUUUUGGAAGGAAGCAUGCUGCACCGACGAGCGCACUGCGGAUCGGUGGUUCGUCGAGAACAUACAAUAUUGGAAGACGGAAGUCCUGCACCUAGCAAAGGUGUUCAAGACCAACCCUCAAGCCCCAAACAUACGGUAUCAUAUCUACGAUGCGAACUACUGGAACUCCGAGACAUUCCAUUACGAUGACCUGCUCCAAAGGCGACACAACCCGACCUUCGAAGACCAGGUAGCGAAAUCUACUCUCCAACAGAACCCAAAUCGUAAGAAAAGAAAACACGAGGACGAUGGAGUGAGGCGUCCUGUAAAUUCGUGGCUAGCGAAGUGGGAUGCCGUACUCGGGAAGCCAUCCGGGGACGGUGUAUCCUCUGAAGUGUCUGCAGCAUACCUCAAAAAGCGACGAAUGGCGAACGCUGGAUAA